AUGGAAUCGUGGUGCAGUACAUACUUCAAUGGCGUGGUGGAAAGAUCUGUACUCAAGUGUAAUGUACUUGGAAUUGCUGAAUUGAUUGGGUACUCUGGAAAAUUCCUUUUUAUUAACUUAACAUUCUCAUUUUUGGUAUUAGCUACAUGGUUCAUUACUUAUAGAUACACUCAUGAAUUGGAUUAUAGGCCAGAAAUCAAUAUAAAGCCAUGGGAAUCAUUGUUGAAGGACCUAAAAGAAGGCAACAAGAGGAGCAGGUGGAUGGAAAGGGAACCCUAUGCUUACUGGAAGGGAAAUCCAGCGGUAGCUGCAACCAGGCUAGACCUCCUCAAAUGUAAUGUUUCAGAUAAACAGGACUGGAAUGCCCGAGUCUAUACCCAGGAUUGGAUUCGAGAAUCACAAGAAGGUUACAAACAAUCAGAUUUAGCAAGCCAAUGCAUUCAUAGGUAUAAAAUUUAUAUUGAAGGCUCUGCAUGGUCUGUAAGCCAAAAGUACAUUCUUGCCUGCGAUUCUGUUACCUUACUAGUAAAGCCUCAUUACUACGAUUUCUUCACGAGGAGUUUGAUGCCGGUGCACCACUAUUGGCCCAUAAGGGAGGAUGACAAGUGCAGAUCAAUUAAGUUUGCUGUUGACUGGGGCAACCGCCAUAAGCAGAAGGCACAGUCCAUUGGGAAGGCAGCCAGUGAUUUCAUCCAAGAGGACUUGAAGAUGGACAACGUGUAUGACUACAUGUUUCAUCUUUUAAAUGAAUAUGCUAAGCUGUUGAAGUUCAAGCCCACUGUGCCUGAAAAAGCUGUGGAGCUAUGUUCAGAGAGAAUGGGUUGUGGUGCAGAAGGAUUAAAGAAGAAGUUUAUGAUGGAAUCCAUGGUGAAGUAUCCCAUGGAUGCAAGCCCAUGCACCAUGCCUCCCCCCUUCAGUCCUCUAGAGCUUCAAACUUUUCUCAACAGAAAAGUAAAUUCAAUAAAACAAGUGGAGGCCUGGGAGAAGAAAUUUUGGGAGAAUCAAAAUACAUAGACAUUUUCUCUUAAUUUUGCUCAUAAUCACGAUCAACAUAUAUAAUGUUUAUGAUAUAUAUGAGACAAAUGUAUUUAGCCUCGAUUCUCGUGAUACGUACCAUAUAUAUCAUAUUCCUUUUUGGAGUUAUUUAAUUAUAGGUAGGGAUAAACAUGGAAGAAAAAACUAUAUCUUAAUAAGUUAUAUACUUAAUUCAAGAAUAAAUGUAUUUGUGUUGUUCCCUUUUAUUCA